AUGGGACAGCCAUCCUCCGCGGCGUCCAACGCCGUCAUUUACGUCACUUAUGGACUCUUCCUAAUCAUGGGAACUGGGCUUGCGUGGAAGUUCCGCAACCAGUCCAAGGGAGAGUUCCUCGCUGGUAACAGAACUCAGACGGGUCAGAAAUCUCCCUCUCGUGGCAGCACCUUCCCCUUGGCCCUCAACUUCAUCGCCUCUGCCCUCGGCUCCGGCAUCCUCUUCUCCUACCCGGAGCUCGCCACCAUCACCGGCAUCCAAGGCGUCAUCGUCUACGCCCUCUCCUCCUCCAUGCCGCUGCUCAUCUUUGCGUUCCUCGGCCCCAUCAUCCGCCGCAAGACGCCCGAGGGCUUCGUCCUGACGGCAUGGACCCGCCAGCGCUACGGCACCGUCGCCAUGCUCUACCUGAGCUUCAUGACCCUCGUCACGCUGUUCCUGUACAUGACCGCCGAGCUGUCCGCCAUCGGCCAGGUCGUCAACGCCCUGACGAACCUCGACGGCCUCCCCGUCAUGAUCGUCCAAUGCGUCAUCACCACCAUCUACACCUCCAUCGGCGGCUUCCGCAUCUCCUUCUUGACAGACACCCUCCAGGGCGUCAUGGUAAUCUGCCUGAUCAUCAUCGUCGCAAUCACAAUGGGCGUCAAGACCGAGAUCGACACCUCCCUAAUCGACACCUCGGGCCUUCUCAAGCCCACGCUCCUGGGCUGGCAACUCCUCUACAUCCUGCCCAUCUGCAUCCUGACCAACGACUUCUUCCUCUCGGGCUUCUGGCUGCGCACCUUCGCCUCCAAGACCGACAAGGACCUCCGCGUCGGCGUCUCCAUCGCCGUCGUCGUCAUCCUCUGCGUCCUGACCAUGGUCGGCGUCACCGGCCUCGUCGCCGCCUGGUCCGGCGCCCUCCCGCUCGACCAGAUCUCCGAGAGCGGCUCCGUCGCCUUCUUCCUCCUCCUCCAGCAGCUCCCCGCCUGGGUCGUCGGCAUCGUCCUCGUCAUGGUCUGCACUCUCAGCACCGCCGCCUUCGACACCCUCCAGUCCGCCAUGGUCUCCUCCGCCUCCAACGACCUCUUCCGCAACCGCCUCAACAUCUGGUGGAUCCGCGUCGGCGUCGUUCUCAUCAUCAUCCCCACCGUCGUCAUCGCCCUCAAGGCACCUUCGGUCUUGCAGAUCUACCUCGUCUCGGACCUUAUCUCCGCCUCCGUCAUCCCCGUUCUGGUUUUCGGGCUGGUCGACCGGUUCUACUGGUGGCGCGGCUUCGAAGUCGUCGUCGGCGGCCUCGGCGGCAUCCUGACCGUCUUCAUUUUCGGAGUCGUCUACUACGACGGCGACGUCCAGAAGGCCGGAAACCUGCUCAUCAUCUCCGAGGGCCUGUACGCCAACGACUGGAGCGUCUUCGGGGCCUUCGUCGCCGCGCCCGUGGGAAGCUUCCUCUGGGGCUUCGGCGCGCUGGGGCUGAGGUUGGGUUUCCAGUACGUCAUGGCAAAGAAGAGCGGUCGCCGCUUCGACGCGCUCGAUCGUCCUGUCGGUCCCGGCUUCACCUCCGAGCCGGACGGCAUGCCGCGCGCCGUCGACCGCGACGAGUACGCCGACGUCACCUCCGAUGUUGAGAUCGUUAAGCCCGCCGGCAAGUUCUUCUGA